UUCCACCCCUAGGCUUCCUGUUGCCAACAUCUGAGAAGGCUCUUGAUACUGGUUUCACAUCUCUCUGCUGUUUAGAAAAGAGAGCUUUAAUUAUAUAUAUAUAUAUUUUUUUAAACUGGGUGAAGUACCGUAAUUUUUCCUACACUAGUGAGGAAAUAACUGCAGUUGCAUUUUAGUGUUAAGGAAAAGGACCAUGGGGAGACAUGGGUAUCUGGUCAGUUUAAUAAUGGUCGGAUUUAUCAUCAAAGGUGUGGUCAUGCAGAGCUCUUCACCUAAAGUUAUAAAGGUGGAAACACGUGGCCGUGACGUGGUCCUGACGUGCGGCUCAACUACAACAGACUGGCUGAAAGAUGGAAUUUCUAUAUUGGAAAACAGCACAGAGUUGAAUUUGGGUGCAGAAGCGAACGACCCAAGAGGAGUUUAUAAGUGCACUGAUAGCGAUUCUGUACAGGUGUAUUUCCGAAUGUGCCAGAAUUGCAUUGAGCUGGAUGCAGCCACCAUCUCGGGGAUUGUGAUAGCUGAUGUCAUCGCCACGGUUUUCCUGGCAAUCGCUGUGUACUGCAUCACCAGCCAGGAGAGUGGCCGUCACUUACGAGCUUCUGACCGACAGAACCUGAUCGCCAAUGAGCAGCUCUACCAGCCCCUUGGUGAGCGGGACAAUGAGCAGUACAGCCGCCUAGGAGUUACCAGGACCCGCAAAUAACAGAGAGCACCUGUGACCCUUGGCCCUUUAUCCUGUCUCUUUUCCACAUGGGAACCAGCAAUACUGGGGAAUCCUGCUGCUUUUGAAGCAGUCCACAAAGCCUUCACGCUGCAGCUUGGUGCCAGAAACCACUGUGAUGGGCGUCUCACUAAUGUGUCUAAGAAAUAGAUGAUCUCUGCUCGUGGGUGAUCCUGGGCCCUGCUUGUCUGAAAACCCUCUGGCUCCCUGCAGUGCUAAGGGUGCUCUUAAAGCUCUCUGCUCUGUGAUGCUUUUGCUUUGGCAAUAAAGAGGCUUUGCCCGGGCUGGUGAGA